AUGCCUCUCUUUGGGAAUAUAUUCAAUCCGAAGAAGACACCUCCUCGGAAGUCUGCUUCUCUCUCCAACCUGCGCUUUUUGGAUCGUUCAACCUGGGAGGUGGAGCUGGGUCUUGACUAUGGAACCCCCACCAUGAACCUGGCUGGGCAAAGCCUGAAGUUUGAAAAUGGCCAGUGGAUAACAGGAAUCAGUGGAGGUGUGGACCGGAGGGAGGCUCAGUGCCUUCGUAGGCAGAACCAGCAAUUGGAGGAAGAGAACAAUAUCUUGCGGCUGAAAGUGGACAUCCUCCUGGAUAUGCUUUCUGAGACCACUAUUGAAUCCCACUUGAUGGAGAAAGAACUGGAUGAACUGAAGAGUAUCAGGCGAAGGAGGAAAUGA